GGUUUAUGUUGUGUGGUGGUUGCCCUAUAUCCAUCUGUUUGGGCGAUUGAAGGAGAAGGAUGGCUUGCGUAUCUCUGUCUUGCUUGAGCCAAGCGUCUCUGUCCGGUUCACGGGGUUCCACUCCCACAAAGAAUCCAAUCAUCUUACGCUCCGAUGAAAGCAGCUCUAGCAGACGAACUUUGCUGCUUCAGUCGAGCGGAUUGGCAUCUCUGGCUGCCAUUUUCAACUUCAGUGGAACGCGACCUGACUAUCUUGGAAUACAAAAAAAUCCGCCGUCCCUUGCGCUGUGCCCUCCAACUCCGAAUUGCAUUUCAACCUCUGAAGAAGCAAACGAUCCAUCUCACUACGUACCUCCGUGGACGUAUAAUCCAGAAGAUGGACGUGGAAGAAAAAACCCCGCCACCAGAGAGCAGGCCAUGAAAGAGCUUCUCGCUGUUAUAUCUUCAACCAAGCCGGAAAACUAUACUCCAAACAUCGUCAAGAACACUGACGAUUACGUCUACGUUGAGUAUCAAUCUCCCUAUCUGGGUUUUGUAGACGAUGUCGAGUUUUGGUUCCCGCCUGGGAAUCGAUCGCUGGUUGAGUACAGGUCGGCUUCUCGCGUGGGAUCGUCGGAUUUCGAUGCUAAUCGCAAGAGAAUCAGAGCUUUGCGAAAGGCGCUGGAGAAGAAAGGCUGGCAAUCGAUUGGCUUCUAAGAAUGUAAAACUUCCAAACCUCCGCGACCACUGCUCCAAAUGGCGCGACCAACUUUCCGCAAUAAUUUACUCCACAGCUGAUCUCUCCCAAUGAUUCUGUGCUUUUGGAACGUUACUGUUUCCUGCACUGACUCAAUCAAACGUAGUCUCCAGCGAUCCAUAUCCAAACUUGUGACAAUUAAAAUCUCUCAAUCUCUCUUUUCCUUCCUUA